CAUCUAAAUGCAUCUAGCAACGCAACGUCAUGACUGUACAUUCCCUUGGGCUGAAAGGUCAUCUGAUUGCUUCCUUCUGUAGACAUGCCAAAAAUCCAUGGAUUUGUGCAUGGUUGCUAUGCACUGGUGUGGAAUGCAGAGGAUGCAGUGUGCCUGGACAGAGAGUGGAGGAUCUGCUCGGGACUGAUUGGAGCUCUCCCUGGACAACCUCGACAGAAUGCACAGCUGGGGCUGCCAUUGAAGCUAUCUCCAGAGGAGGCAACUCUGCUCGUGGAGAAAGGAGUCCUGGAGCUUCUGGAAUACUCACCUCACGCCUCCACUCAACAAGAAGUGGCAGCAUUUAAUGCAGCAAGGGAACAAGACUUCCAGACACAGUUUGUUAGCUACCUAGAGAAGAGAGAGCAGGCCAGACUGCAGCACACUGCUGGUGAUGGUGAGGUCUUGACUGCACCCAGUGAGCCCAAGAGAGCACGGCUAGAGGUGGGCAGCUACAGAGAGCACCCAUCAUUCAGUCCCCUAGUAACCAUUGUCACCUCUGACCCUCGACCAUCCUCAGCCUACCAGUCAUGCACCAACUGGACAUACCCAGGCACUGAUAAGGAUAGACGGUGCUAUCUUGUGUACAAGGAUCUCUGGGGGCGUGGUUAUACUCUAACCACUGGACUGAAGUACGGUGGUGACUACCUUGUUUAUCAGGGACAUCCCCGUACAGUACACUCCUCCUAUAUUGCUAUCGUGUUACCAUGGAAACAGACUAUACAAAGCUUAGGCUCAGUGGCCCGUGUCGGUUCAAAGGUCAAGAAGAACAUAUUAGUAUGCAGUGUAGACGAACAUGAACUUGUACAUUACAUUACAUUAAGUUGGACCAUGUAACUAAUAAUAAUAAAUUAUGUCAA